ACAAUGCGCUCGCCCUCAGCUUGCUCGUGGUGGAGGCGGCGAACGAAGCUUCUCAGCCGGGUUUGGUGCGAGUCGCCAUGCAGAGAGAGCGCCGCGAUAAUCGUGAGCGCAGCCACCACAACAACAACAACCACAACAACAACAACCACCACAGCCGCUAGAAGGCUGCUCCUCCACACUUCGCACAGCCUCGGCAGUGCUGAGCCUCAACUCGGCCCUGAGGCGGAGGGAUAUAGCGACCUCCAUCGCCCACUUAACGCCCCACUCACAAGCCCCACUAACCCGCCUCACUUUCACGCACAACGUACACACACACACGCACGGCGCCGCACACUUCAAGGUGCACACACACUCAGUUGAACGGGGGAGGGAGGGGUGGAAGACUCCAAAGUGAGACCGGGCGAGUGUCGUGGGCGAGCGGUGACCCGCGGCCCCUGACGCACUGCGGGGCUACGUACGGCGCAAAAGAAGUUCAAAACACCAUUGUGCCACGAGAGCUGCGAUGAACCUCUCGCGUCCGUCGUCCUUGCCUGGCCUACGCCGCAUGUGCCGCUUAUGGCCUCUGAGUCGUGCGCCAGGGAGAAACGCGGCGCAUCGGCCUUGGUGCUGUCGGACGUCUUUGCGUACAAGGAGUCACGUGACAAGCAGUUCGCAAGGUGACAACCGUUAGAUGUGCUGAUGGAGGUGGAAUCGAGUCACGGUAUUGGAGGUGGCAUGGUACGAGCAGACCUGAGCAAGAUGACGCAUCCAGUGGUGAAACGAGGCCCUUUCUCGCUAUUGGAGCCUCGGGACAUAGAGGUUUUCCAAGCUCUGCUGCCAGAACGCGUCAUCACGGAUCCAGACGUGCUGAGAGCUUCUUGUACUGACUGGCUGGGGAAUUGUCCUGGAAAUAGUGUCCUUAUGCUGAGACCACGCACCACCAAAGAAGUGUCCGAGAUACUCAGGUACUGCAAUGAGCGUCAGCUGGCGCUGACACCCCAGGGAGGAAACACGGGGCUCGUAGGAGGCAGCGUGCCACUGUUCGAUGAGAUUAUUGUCUCCACUUCCUUGAUGGAUGAAGUCGUCAGCUUCAAUCCACUCUCAGGUGUGCUGGUUUGCCAGGCUGGCUGUGUCUUGGAACGCUUGCAUAACUAUCUGUCAGAGCACGGGCACAUAAUGCCAUUGGACCUUGGUGCCAAGGGAAGCUGUCAGAUCGGAGGCAAUGUGUCAACUAAUGCUGGAGGAGUGCGGCUUAUCCGUUACGGGUCUCUUCGUCACACAGUACUGGGGGUCGAGGCUGUGCUGGCUGAUGGUACGGUACUGGAUCUACUGACCACGUUGCGGAAGGACAACACAGGCUAUGACCUGAAGCAGCUGUUCCUGGGAGGAGAAGGCACGCUGGGCCUGGUGACUGCGGUGGCACUUGCCUGCCCCAGAAUGCCCAGCUCACAAAACGUUGCUUUCCUAGGCUGUCAAAGUUUUGAUGCUGUGCUGAAGACGUUUGAGCUUGCAAGGCACAGACUGGGAGAAACGCUGUCGGCCUUUGAAUUUCUGGAUGAAGUUUGCAUGUGGCUGGUGAACACUCACCUGGCGUUGGCCAACCCCGUCACUGAGCACCCUUUCUACGUCCUGGUGGAGACCGCCGGCUCGUGCGGCCGGCACGACGACGAGAAGAUGCAGGACUUCCUGCAAGAGGCGAUGGAGACAGCCCACGUGUCGGCAGGGACGCUGGCAACAGACCCCUCCAAAGUGCAGGCACUGUGGAGUGUACGUGAACGCAUCACAGAGGCACUUUCGCGUGAUGGUUUUACCUAUAAAUAUGAUGUGUCGCUGCCAACGGAGGACAUUUACAACUUGGUUGUGGAGACGCGACGGGUGUUUCAGGGUGAAUCCAAGCACAUUGUGGGCUACGGACAUCUGGGUGACGGUAACCUGCACCUGAAUGUCACGGUGCCGGCUCAUGAUGCCGACUUCAAGAAGCGACUGGAGGAGCUGGUGUACGGUUGGACGGCGCGGUGCCGAGGCAGCGUGAGUGCGGAGCACGGGGUGGGCACAUUCAAACGGCACGUCCUGGCAAGCACCAAAUCGCCCGUGGCACUUGGCAUCAUGCGAGGCAUCAAACAGCUGCUCGACCCGAAGGGAAUCCUCAACCCGUACAAGAUCUUGGCGGAUUGAUCAUGCACAGCCACAUGACGCUCUGUAAUACAAACGAGUUGUGUGAUGGACAUUGAGACGUUAUCAGGGUAAGGUUUCUCCAGUGAAUGUCAACAUGUGUUUUGUGCCUAUAUGGGGAAACAAAAGUUAAAUUGAAUGAAACGGUACAUUCAUUAAAUUAUACAUGUUUAAAACAAUUUAUUUUGAAAAUUUUAAUUACAUUGGUAAAUACUGGUUUGAAAAAUAAAGUGUGUAAUCCUAACGUGUAACAAAAGUUUGUUUUAUUCCCAGAAGCCCUCAAAAGCUUGUUCCUCAUUCAGCAAAUUUGUCAACAAAUAACAAAAACUCAUUAUCAAAAACACUAUGGCCUUAAAGUAUAAGGGGGAAAACAUAUAAUAAAUAAAUUAACAAAUCAGGCUUUUAACCUGCACAAUAUUUACUCACUUUCGAAGUGAGAGCAUGACUCAGAGGUACUAGGAGGAACCACAAGACGAGCAGGAAUUCCCCUCUCCCAAGCUCUGCAGUCCUCUAUAUAUCAAUGUCUGAGCGGUCAAUUCAUGAGUGGUUACAUUAAAAGGAAAUCCGAGCACCCCGAGAUAACCCACGUGUGUGAGGGGGCAACGCUCUAUCCCAUACAGGGAUGGAAUAGGUGGAGUCCACAUGUGCUGUAUUGCCUUUUGGCAAGCCAUGGUAUAUGACUCCUCGAUGCCAACGGGAAGGGAGUUUCCACAACAGUUGUGAUCCGCCAACCCCUCGUCUCCACAGUGGUAGAUUAGAAACCACCACCGCCCCACUAAUAGGCGACGUUUCAGGCAAUGACCCUUCUUUAUAGAGAACAGAUGUAGUGAAAAAUAGUUGCAAGAUGCACUAUAUACCAUGGGGCCCUGAUAAGAAAUAUUUAAAUGUUUAAUUAUUAGGGCAGCACGGCAUUCUAUCAUAGUUUAAUCAUGUGUAAUGUCCUUAGUCGUGAAUACUACAGGGAUUACUCCAACACAGGUCCAAUUAUUCCAGAAAAUUAGAGUUAGAGUUCAACACACGAGCUUGUUAUAAUCAGACAUCCGCAUUCCUGUAUGUCGUUUAAUAACGCGGUCUGUUCUGAUGUUCAUUAAACUGAAACAAACCAAAUAUUAGUUGUAAAUGCAGAUGUUUAAGAUACCAUGAUCAAACUCGGUGUUCAAAUGUCACUGCUAUUAUCAGCUCGCGAUUAUUUUGAGCAUGUGACAAAACACGGAAAAUGCAUAACGUGUGGCGUUCACGUGAUGCACCAAAAUACAAUGCACUCCCCACAAGCUUGAGAAGCCACCCCUCCCAUAGACAGUCUCUCAGUGGUACUGCCCCACCCUUCAUCAGUAACAUUCAAAACACAACGAUAAUUACGUGAAAUCAUUUAUUGAGUUUUUUUAAAAUAUCAAAUAGGCAAGUAAACAAUAUUGAUCACAUUUGUGAACACAAAGAACUCUACACAGAGCAACUUUUGCCGUGUUUCCACAAUCGAUUGCCAAUGGACCAAAGACGUGCUUCGACCUGAACUGUACCUCAUCUCCCAUCCACAAUGACCCAGUUUAGUCCAGAAUUAGUUUUGUUUAGCCAGACGAUAACUCAAGAGUCAAGGACGGCCUCGCAUGCAAGAGGCACCUGGGUCACCAAAUAAUCCGAACCCAGGAGAGCACACCACAUCAGGAAUCUAGGCAGCAUCAGGGUGGUGGUGGUAAUGGUCGGGAAGUAAUGAGCGCAGGUUAUCUAACUCCUGAGGUUAAAUGUCCACACCGUGUGUCUGUUUGACACUGUUAAUUGGUUAAAUGGUUGAGUGGGUUUGAGUGAGAUGAGCGAUAUCACGGCUGAUGCUUCUUGUAGCUACGGUGACAACGAAGCAAUGUCACGGGUCCUGCCGCCAUUGGUCCAACGUCAGCACUGACAGUGGUGCUGUCUCUGCACGGUCCCGGCAUGCUCAUGGCCGCGGAGGCCUACUCUUAGUUGUAUGCACGUGGCCUGAUGACGGAACACCGUGAUUACAAUAUGCUGUGGAAACUCGGCAUGAUAGAGCUCCAUAGACAUUACUCGCCCUCAAAGUAAACAGAGGCCCUCACUCAGGAUUGGAGCGCAGCACAGAGACACAACAAGAAGCCCUAGCUCCGUCACUUUAAUUCUCUGUUGCAUGGCAAGACCUUUACUCCUUAACGGGCAUGGUGAUGUGUAGGAUCUGCAAAUAAAGCACAACACUUUGAGUGAAUGAUCCAUAAGUAUUUUGCAGUACUCGGUCUAUACUUGUGGCAGCAUUCUACUCUGAAGUAUGAUUAGUUACACAUUUGGAUAUAACUUAAGUCAUACGAGGCCAACUAAAACUCAGGAAUUAUAUCUGUAUACAGUCUAGGGUGCCACUCACUGUGCAUAUGGAAACGUGAAGUUUCAGUUUAAUGGGAUCACACCCACCUAUCAAUUUGUUACUGUUGGUGUAAAAGUCAAUAGCUGAGAAUCUUGUUCUACUCCGUUCAAAGUUACAGGUUACUCAAGAUCCUGUGCCUACUACAUUCUGACUGCGUGUAUCGACUGCAUUUUUCAAUUCUGUCAAGCACCAAACACACAUUAAAGGAAUGUCUUUAAAACGAGA